UGACCAGGGCAGCCAGUGUUCGUAGCAAUGGAGACCUAAAAUUGGCACGAGUACGCCGCCUAGAGGCAAGCUGGCAGAAGACAGAAGGGGUGUGUGUCAUCAGCCUAUACUGCUGUCAUGGGACCUGAAAUUCAGCAACCAUCUGACAGUACAUCUGACCAGCUCAAAUAUCUGGACCGUCAAACUGUUCAGUGGCUCGAAAGAAAACCAUCUGUGAAGACAGAAGCCACCAAGCAACCCAAGUUGGCCCCUACUUGGGCAGACUUGACCAGAACUCGAACUUCUCGUAUCCGGCUUGCUCCCAAAACGAAGCUCAGCAAAUGGGCUCUCCAUGCCUUCCCAUCUGAACGAUUAUGUCAACUGGCUCAACCUCGGCCCCAUGCAACAGGGUGGCAGCCUGAACUCCCUCUACCAACACCUGUGAGUAAAGCGUCGCUGACGGCAGUGGCCUCCCCCCGAAUUUGCAAGCUCGCCCAGCCAAGGAUGCGAUGUCCUGAACCUGAACCUAACAACAAAUCUGAACCUCGGCCUAUAACCCAUUUGACCUCGAUCCAUCUAAGCAUGCUAGCGAGUGAGUUUCCAAGGGCAGAGCAUCCGCUGUAUCAGAGGCAUCGCUCAGCAUGCUGGCCAGUUUCCAUCUCAGCCAGAAAUUACAUACCCUCCAAGAGACUUCUUGAACUUUCCUGCCCCAAAAUACGGAAAGAUGUGUAUGACGGUUAUGACCCAUUUGUUGUUAGCCAUGCAGCUCUCUGUGUUAACCCCUCUCCUCGGACAUUGCAGCUCUCUGUACCUCUGCCUCGAAAAUGCACUCCAAAGGUAUCACGCCACUACAUGUAGUCCCUAGAGAGGUGUUCGUUGUUCUUAG